UCCAUCCAAUAUCAAUCAUUGACAUCUGCAACUUUCUAAUUAGAUUAAACAAUUGAUCACAACAUUCCCAAUCAUCCAAAAUGACAAUUCGGCCCCCAUUCGGCCAUCGCAUGCGUGACGUCCAUUUCCAAUUCUCCCCCGCCUAUACCCCUCUAAACCACGGCUCCUUUGGCGCAUACCCACGCCCCAUUCAAGAAGCUCAAGAAGCAUAUCAAAAACAAUGCACCUCCAGACCGGAUAAAUUCUUCGUCUAUGAUCUCCCCAAACUCAUCGAUAAAUCACGAGAAGCUGUUGCACCUCUCCUAGGUGCUGAUCCUAGGGAAAUAGUUCUCGUGCCGAAUGCUACGACGGGCACAAAUACCGUGUUGAGAAAUUUGAAAUGGGAGGAUCAUGAUUUGAUUUUUUAUUUUAGUACGAUUUAUGAUGCGUGUGAGAAGACGGUUGAGAGUGUGAGGGAGAUGUUGGGGGUAGAGGUUUUGACACAUUGUCAGGUGUUAGAGUUUCCCAUUGAUGAGGAGCUUGAAUUGCGGAAGUUUAGAGAGUUUGUGAUGUCGGCUAGGGCUAUGGGGAUUAAUGUUAGGCUGGCUAUAUUUGAUACGGUAAGGCUGCUUCGAUUUUACGAAUGGAGGGGGUUUAUAUGGUCAGUAGUUCUGAUAUGACUCUGGAUAUUUAUUGCUUUUAUUGUUUCCUAUUUCGCUUCACCAAUGAUCACAAUUAUCGUACUGAUAGAAAUAUCAGGUCCUAACCUUCCCAGGCGUUCGAAUGCCUUGGGAAGAGCUGGUACUGAUAUGCAAAGAACUAGGUGUUUUGAGUUUAAUUGAUGGUGCUCAUGGUAUUGGACAUAUUGAUCUCACACAUCUUGGUUCAGUCAGUCCAGACUUUUUCGUCAGUAAUUGUCAUAAGUAUGAUCUCCUUUAUCUCAAAAAAAACAUACCUUAACAUACCACAGAUGGCUUUACACUCCUCGCUCCUGCGCAGUCUUUUAUGUUCCCAUGCGCAACCAACAUCUCAUCCGCACCUCCCUUCCCACAUCCCACGGCUACCGAAAAAGCUCUAAAAAUGAUACCCUGGAAGACAUCAACACAUAUUUCCUCUCCAUGUUCAACUUCGUCGCAACAAUCGACUAUACCCCCUACCUCUGCAUCCCGGCCGCAAUCUCCUUCCGCAACACCGUUUGCGGCGGCGAGGCAAUUAUCCGACAAUACUGUUUUGACCUCAGCAAAGUAGGCGGUUCCAUAUGUGCCUCCAUACUAGAUACAUACACACUUCCCAUUUCCGCCGGAAGAGAAACAUGUUUUACUAAUAUUCGGCUACCAAUACCAUUUUGGGCCGAUGAUUCCUCCAAGAACCAUCACGGAGAUGCCAUUUCAAAGGCAUUCCAACCGAGUGAUGCGGAGAAAAUAAAAUUCUGGUUGAAUAAAACUGCAGUUGAGGAAUUCGAUACGUAUCUUCAGAUUGGUUGGCAUGCGAGUGUUCUGUGGGUUAGAUUGAGCGCGCAGAUAUAUUUGGAAUUGCGGGAUUUUGAGUGGGUUGGGGAGAAAUUGAAGGGGUUGUGUGAGAGGGUUAAUGAGGGGGAAGUAGAGGGAACUAGGAGGGUGGAGAAAGUGGAGAAAGUGGAAGAAGUGGGAGUAUUGGAGGAGAGGUAGUUCGGAACUCGUGAUGUUCCUUAUUAAGAUGUUGAUCGAUUUUAAUCUUGAUGAUACUAAGUCAAGACGUGAUUUCAUACUUCUCCGGCAAUCAGUGAUUGCGGAGUUCUGGAGAAGAGGUGAGGUGUAAGAAGGUGGAUAAUAGAGAAAGAAUCUAUUACGCAUCAACUUUCAGAUAGUGUCAAUCAUAUAACCAGUCUUCCUUACAGCUAUACUAAGAUUACAAAGGUAUUCUCACAAAAACCAUACCAACGAGUAAACUUGA